GACAAGCCCCACACGGAACAGAACGCGCCAUGUCCAUCUUGGUAACUGGGUCCGCCGGGCAUCUCGGGGAAGCCUUGUGCCGGCACUAUCAGGAGCACUUUCCAGAGAUCCCCGUGGUGGGGGUGGACCGCUUGGCCAGCCCCUUCACGACUCUGGUGCUGGACUUGUCCGAGCCAUCGGCCAAAGAGGUCUUGGCCGAAGUCUUCACACAGCGCCGCAUCGGCAAGAUCUUCCACGCGGCGACUUUGCACAAGCCCCAUGUGGCGACGCACACGGAGCAGGCGUUUAUUGCUGUGAACAUCCAGGCGACCCAGAUGCUGCUGGAUCUGGCGGUCCAGCAUGGCGACGGCGCGCUGCCUGGUUUCGUCUUCACCUCUACCACCAGUACUUUCGGGCACGCUGUGCCACGUGGCGCUUUGGAGGGGUGCGCCUGGAUUGAAGAAACUGUCGCACCCAUUCCGCGCAACAUCUACGGCAUCACAAAGAUCGCCGCGGAGCACUUGUGCCAGCUCGCCCAGAGGAACCACAAGCUCCCAGUCGCCGUGGUUCGUACCUCGCGGUUUUUCUUGGAGGGGGACGAUGACGAUGAUGCGCGGGCCUCCAUGGGGGAUUGCAACCUCAAGGUCAAUGAGCUGCUGUACCGCAGGGGGGAUGUGGCGGAUAUGGUGAGCGCACACCUGUUGGCGAUGGAUUGGGCUAUGAGCUCUCAGAAGAAGCGGAAAAUGGCUGCGGCAGUGGACUCGUGCAUCUUCAUUGCCAGCGCCCCUUCUCCCUUUCGCCCAGAAGAUGUGGAGGUUUUGGCGAAGUCAGGCAGCGACGCCUGCCAGCAUCGGAUCUUGGAGCGCAUGGGCGAGGCUUGCGGGUGCAGUGGGGCAAAGGUGGCAGAGAUGUACAAGGACCUGGGCUGGCAACUGCCGCAUGCCUUUGAUCGAAUCUACGACAGCCGCAAGGCGCAGCAGGUCUUAGGAUGGGCGCCGCGCUACACCUUCGCCUCUCAGUUGAGCAAGGCCCACGAGGUAUGGAGGAAGAAGAAAGAAGUGCAAGUUGCUACAGGCACGGACGUUGUCUCUCUGGAGUAUUGCGACCUUUGCAGCCCGCUGCAUGUGCAAGUGGGAAAGAAGUCCUACCACGAAGGACAGGCGGUGGCGAGUGCAAAGGCGAAGCCGUAUCCGACUGCUGAGCGCUGAC